UUGGCGAGAAACACUCUUUCACCCAUUGAAAUCCUCACCUGUUGGAAUCGCAUCUGCCUUCACAAAUCAGAAGUAGCUUUGUUCUUGUUCGACAGGUACAUUAGUUUCCUUGAUCUGAGGCAUUGCAGAACAGAACAGGAAUCAUGACGGUUGAUCCCAAAUAUGAAUACGCUUCGGAAUCCAGCAUGCAUCAUGCAAAUUACAUGAAAAAUUCCAAAGCUAUUGGCGUACUUUGGGGGGUAUUCACCAUUUGUUUUGCUAUAAUUGUAGUGGUGGUAUUUAUACAGCCGCAUUGGUUGGGAGAUACGCAGGAAAGCCGGGGUACCGGUCACUUUGGACUUUGGCAAGCAUGCCGGAUGGUACAGGAUGGUCAAGAUGUGAUUUGCGAAGGUAAAUUAACUGAUUUUAAUUCCAUCCCGACACCUGCCUUCAGAGCAGCUACAGUUUUUAUUGGAUUGUCCGUGGUCAUCGUGCUCCUGUGCAUUUGUUGUAUGGUGCUGUUUUUCGUGUUCCAUUCUUCUACGGUGUUCCAUAUUUGCGGCUGGAUGCAAGUGUUUUGUGCUACUUGCAUGGUCAUUGGUGUGCUCACAUUUCCAGCCGGUUGGGAUUCAGAAAUUGUGAGAGAAGUGUGCGGACCACAGGCUGAUGACUACAACCCAGGACAAUGUGGAGUACGAUGGGCUUAUAUCUUAGCUAUUAUUGGUGUUUGCGACUGUGGAGUGCUGGCGGCUUUGGCAUUCGUUUUGGGUACUCGUUAUGUUAAACUACUUCCUGAAAACUACAUUACUUCAGGCUCUCUAUACAAAGGAGAAGUAAAUAGUGCCUUUAUUGCAGAUAAUCAAUCCACUCCAUCCAGAAAAUCAACUAAUAUACAACCAGUGAUGGUCGUAUCCCCUGGUGUAGAAUCUGAUCACUAUUCGGAGUAUUCUCAUCAUACAAUGCGAUCAAACAAAGGAUUUCGCCAAGAUACAUUUAGCAACAACUCUGUCGCCAAUUUCCAGCUCUAAGAACAUGGAAACUAAACAAAAACUGCAUUCAUUUUUCAGAUGAUGAUUGUACACUUAUGUGUAUAAUAAAAUUGCGAGGGAGGAGUAUCUUUUCGGUAUAAGAGUCGUUUACCAAUUUAAAGAUUCGCCUACUGAAAAUUGUUCUUUUUCCACACGCAAAAAAAAAUUGUGCCACUCAAGCGUCAAAUAGAUGCUAAAAGACAAUCUGACGUGCAAUUUAUACAAGACUAUUUCAAAUAGAUUAGCUAUUUUAUAAUUUAAUGCCAACCCGUGAAAAUAGCUUCGGAUUCCUGAUAUUUUAUUUUAUUGGACAAUUAUUUCGGAAAGAAUGUGUUUAUCUUUUCAUUUAUUUGUUACGGAAGAAGACGCCAAACUAUAACGUAUUCUUAAGAAAUUGAAAAUUUGACUUAGAUUAAUAUGUCAUAUUAAAAAUGCUCAUGCUGUUCUGUAAAGUAUUCUCAAACGCUAAUUGAUAAAUAUUUAUGGAAGAUAUUUACGUACAAGACUUAAAUAUUUCCUAAAUUUGGUAUUCUGAAUUUGUAAAAAAAAUAUUAAAUUCCAUUUUUUAGGGAGAU